AUGGACGCGUAUCCCCCGCACCGGGUGGGGCUGACCCGGGCGCGCUCCCUCGGCGGCCCUGGCCGAGGGUCGCCCUCCGUCAGCUGCAGUCGACUCCGCCAGGUUCAGAGCAUCUUGACCCAGAGCAGCAAGUCUCAACCCGACGGGAUCCUCUGCAUCCUAGGAAUUGAUAGCAGGUACAAUGAAGGCUGCAGAGAGCUGGCAAAUUAUCUUCUGCUUGGUUUGUACAGUCAAAAUACCAGUGAUUUUGAGAAAACAGGGUUUUCUGAAGAAGUUUUAGAUGACGUGAUUAUAUUGAUUAAAUCAGAUAGUGUCCAUCUGUACUGUAAUCCUGUAAAUUAUCGCUAUCUGUUACCCUAUGUGGCCCAUUGGAGAAAUCUGCAUUUCCAUUGCAUGACUGAAAAUGAGUAUGAAGAUGAGGAAGCUGCGGAAGAAUUUAAAAUUGCCAGCUUUGUGGACAUGGUUCGAGACUGUAGUAGAAUUGGCAUUCCUUAUAGCUCCCAAGGUCACUUGCAGAUAUUUGAUAUGUUUGUAGUGGAGAAGUGGCCGGUUGUACAGGCCUUUGCUCUUGAGGGCAUUGGAGGGGAUGGAUUUUUUACCAUGAAAUAUGAGUUGCAAGAUGUGAGUUUGAAUCUAUGGAAUGUCUACAGCAAGAUGGAUCCUGUGUCCCUGGAGAGUUUGCUUUCUGAGGAUUUGGUGGCUUUUGAAUAUCAGUGGACUAGCUUCUUCGCUAAUUUUGACACAGAAAUUCCCUUCUUGCUAGAACUGUCUGAAUCUCAGGCGGGUGAGCCAUUCAGAAGUUACUUUAGUCAUGGAAUGAUCUCCAGUCAUAUAACUGAAAAUAGCCCUAACAGGCAGCCAUUCGUUCUCUUUGGUAAUCAUUCCACACGAGAAAACCUCAAUGCUGGCAACUUUAACUUCCCUUCUGAAGGGCACCUAGUACGCAGCACUGGUCCCAGUGGGAGCUUUGCCAGACACAUGGUAGUACAGUGUGUUUCACCAAAGGGACCCCUGGCUUGUUCAAGAACAUACUUUUUUGGAGCUACUCAUGUUCCUUACUUGGGAGAUGACAACAAACUGUCCAAGAAAACUGAACAAAUUAGGCUCUUGUCACAGGUAUAUGCUACUGUUAUUGAGGCUGUUUUGGCUGCCAUUGCAUGUUAUGCUAAAACUUCCAGUCUCAUAAAGGCCAAGGAGGUAGCUGAGCAGACCCUGGGAUCUGGGUUAAAUUCCGUUGAGUUGAUGCAGUUUAAGGCAGCUCUACGCUCCAAGAUGGCUUUUCAUAUACAUGCUGUGAAUAAUCAGGGAAGAAUCGUGCCUCUGGACAGUGAAGAUAGCUUAUACUUUGUGAAGACGGCUUGUAUGGCCAUCUAUGACAUUCCUGACUUGCUGGGAGGAAGGGGGUGUUUAGGAUCUGUGGUGUUCUCAGAAUCAUUUUUGACAUCUCAGAUCUUGGUUAAAGAAAAAGAUGGCACUGUUAUCACAGAAACCAGCUUUAUAAUCCUGACAGCUGCCAUACCCAGAUUCUGCUCCUGGCUGGUUAAAGAUAUUGAAGUAAAAUUGUCUGAGAAAACCCAGCAGUCAGUUCUGGGAGAUGAGUGUUUCCUGGGUACUUUUCUAACUAGAGGAGAAGGAGCAUAUCUUUAUUCUAGUAAUUCACAAUCUUGGCCUGAAGAAGGAAAAGUACAUUUCUUCUCUAAUGGCCUUCUGUUUUCUGAUCGUCAUCACGGAAAUAUCAUCAUUUCCAAGGACCACAUGAAUUCCAUUUUGUUCUAUGAUGGGGAUUCCACCAGUAUUGUUGCUGCCCUUCUAAUAGACUUCAAAAGUUCAUUGCUUCCCCAUCUUCCAGUUCAUUUCCAUGGAUCAAGCAAUUCUCUGAUGAUUGCCCUUUUCCCCAAAUCCAAGAUAUACCAAACAUUUUACUCAGAGGUCUUCUCCCCCUGGCAACAGCAGACUAACUCAGGGCUGUCUUUAAAAGUGAUCCAGGAAGAUGGAUUAUCUGUGGAACAAAAGAGAUUACACUCCAGGGCCCAGAAGCUCUUCAGUGUCCUGAGCCAUUCUGCUGGAGAGAAACAGAGUCCCUUAAAGCUACUCUCAGCUAAGCUCCCAGAGCUGAACGGGUUUCUCCAGCAUUUUGCUGUCAGCAGCAUUAGUCAGGAACCCGUGGUGAGGACCCAUCUCCCUGUCCUACUGCAGCAAGCUGAAAUCAACCCUAUUCACAGAGUAGAAAAUGACAAGGUAAUUAUCAGCAUUGUAACUGGUCUCCCAGGCUGUCACGCUAGUGAACUCUGUGCUUUUCUGGUCACUCUGCAUAAAGAAUACGGCAGGUGGAUGGUAUACCGUCAAGUCAUGGACAGCUCCGAAUGUUUUCAUGCUGCCCACUUCCAGAGAUACCUUUCCAGUGCCCUGGAGGCCCAACAGAACCGCUCUGUCCGCCAGUCAGCCUAUAUCCGCAAGACGACCAGACUACUGGUGGUAUUACAAGGCUAUACAGAUGUUAUUGAUGUUGUCCAGGCCCUGCAGACCCAUCCAGACUCAAAUGUCAAGUCCUCCUUCACCAUUGGUGCCAUCACAGUGUGCGUGGAGCCGCUGAGCUGCUACAUGGAGCACAGAUUCCUCUUUCCUAAAUUUCUUGACCAGUGUUCGCAAGGCCUGGUUAGUAAUGUGGUAUUCACCAGUCACACUAUGGAGCAGAGGCACCCUCUCCUUGUUCAGCUGCAGAGCCUCAUCAGAGCUGCCAAUCCUUCUGCAGCCUUCAUUCUUGCAGAAAAUGGGAUUGUCACCAGGAAUGGAGACAUUGAACUGAUUCUCUCAGAGAAUAGUUUUUCAAGUCCUCAGAUGCUACGAUCUCGAUAUUUAAUGUACCCUGGCUGGUAUGAAGGUAAAUUUGAUGCUGGAUCAGUAUUUCCAUUGAUGGUUCAGAUCUGUGUAUGGUUUGGUCGUCCCUUGGAGAAGACUCGUUUUGUGGCCAAGUGUAAAGCAAUUCAGUCCUCCAUCAAGCCGAGUCCAUUCUCUGGAAACAUCUACCACAUCCUGGGCAAAGUGAAGUUCUCAGACUCUGAGAGGAUGAUGGAGGUCUGCCACAACACUCUGGCCAACUCCUUGAGUAUCGUGCCAGUUUUGGAGGGACCCACACCACCCCCUGACUCCAGAACCUCACCUCAAAGCAGCAGCGGGCAGCAGGAAUGCUACCUCGUGUUCAUAGGCUGCUCCCUGAAGGAAGAAAGUGUCAAGGACUGGCUGCGGCAGUCGGCUAAGCAGAAGCCUCAGAGGAAAGCCCUGAAGACCAGGGGGAUGCUGACCCAGCAGGAGAUCAGGAACAUUCAUGUGAAACGCCACCUGGACCCCCUACCUGCAGGCUACUUUUAUAAUGGCACCCAGUUUGUCAACUUCUUUGGUGACAAGACUGAUUUUCACCCACUCAUGGACCAGUUUAUGAAUGACUACGUGGAGGAAGCCAACCGGGAAAUUGAGAAGUAUAACCGUGAGCUGGAGCAGCAGGAGUAUCACGAUCUCUUUGAGCAGAAGCCCUAG